AUGGACAUGCAAGUUGAGAAGAAUGCCGAACUUGCCCGCUUGCCUGUGUGAGUUGAAUUUGAAAAAUUUGAAAAAGAUAUUAAUGAAAAAAAGUUUUGAAAAUGGAAAGUGGGAACAUUUUUUUCUUUUUGAAAAAUUAGAAGCGAAAAGGGAAACAUUUUUCUUGGUAUUUCAUAGAUUUCGUCUCAGUACCUUAUACUUUUUACAUGAAUUUGUAUCCCACCUGAGGAGCAAGGCUGCUGUUGGGGCGCCGUAGGCCACGCUGUUUGCAGCAUUUAAAAAAAUAUGUAAAAAAACGGGUAAAAAAAUCUGGGGAAAUUUUUUUCUUAAAAAGUGUCUUUCCGACAUUGUGACAGUCUCGCGGGUCGGGUCGCUCAGCUCAGCGGAGAAGCAUUGUAUCUAGACCAAAAAAAUAUACCUUUUAAACUAUAAUAAAUGAACUUUGAUUGAAAGAAGUUUUUUCAGCAAGCCGCCAUACAUUGGCGUUAAAAAUCUGAACGUCUUGAUCGACGCGAUUCGAAAAACGAGGAUCUUCCGUUGUCGCGUCGAGAAACUGCGAAGCCUCUUGCCGAUCGUCAUGUUUGACCCUCGGGAUGUGUGGAUGAAGAGGAAGAAAAAGGAGACAAAGGAGCAAAUGAUAGAGAGACUCAAGGACAAAUGUGUCGAGAUAAGCUACCAUCUAUAUCAAAUCGACAAGCGGUAUGAUUUGGUCAUAAAAUCUUCAACGAAAGUGCUAGAGGCUCUCAAGCUGCUCGACCUUUUCGACAGAGAAGACCAACAAGAAAUCGAAGUAAUAAGAUAUGAAAAAAAACUCUUUUCAUCCUUUAUUAUUGAUCUCGUGGGCUUUUCACGGGGAGCGGUCAAAGCUCGCUUCCAUCAACUAACAGAGGAAAUUUCCCUCUUGGGGUUUAGAAUUGAGACUAUCAAAGACCCCAAUUUUGCGAAAAAUUACGAUCCCGAAGGUGCGUCUUUCAUUUGAAAUAGUUCUCACCUCUCUAAAAACAUCGUUCAUUUUUUUUUGUGUUUUCUCAAUUUCUCGUUCUUCAAUAAACAGCUUUAUUUUUUUUAUUUUUCGAAUAACUUUAAGCCUUACUAUUUAGGAUGUAUUGAAGUUUCAUUUUUUUCUAAUCCUUUUUUUCCGGAACUGUUCUGAGACUUUUGAGAUUUUUUUGUUCACAUAUCAUUUUUUUCACUUGUUGCUGUUUCUGUCGAUUGUUCACAUAAUAAUGACCAUUGUUUCUGGCUUUGUUUUGCCUUUUCAAUGAAUGUUUCUUUUGACUUUGAAUAAAUUGUUUGAAAAUUUGAAGAGAUGAUUAAAAUUUUCGCGAAGAACGGGAAAAAAUGUGAAAAAAGCGUUUGAUUGUAAUUUACACAAAGUUUUAUCGACUUGCUCAAGGGUUGAGAAAAUUCAAAUGCGGUGUUUUGGGAAGUUCUUUUCAGGAAAAAAUGUUUAACAUGAAUAGAAGCAGAAGAGGCAACAACUCUCCGCCUGAAUCCUUCAUAAAUUUUUUUGGACUAUAGUGGAUCAUCUCAUAUCUACUACCCGGGUGGUCGGUCUUCAUUUUCGCUCUAGUCUGAGAUUUAACACGCUGUCUCUGUAAUUUUCGAAAUUUUCUCAAAAACAGCAAGUACAGAAAAAAAAAAUUUUUUAUUUCAAUGAAGUUUCAACAAAUGUUAUCAAAUGACGUCAGGAUAACGGACACGAUUUUUUGAGCCAUUUCCUCUAACCGUAACCAGGUUACGGUAGGAAGGUGGUCACCUGCGUAUCUAAGAAUUGACGAGUUUUCUCUAGGCAAAUUGUAUAUCAAUCGAUAGGUAAUGCAAUUUUAGAAACUUUUUUAGUACAUACCAUUUUGGGUUGCUGUAGAAAUUUUUGAGAUACGGUACUUUUUGUGUUCGCGACUUUGGUUUUUUGGUCACCCUACUCACAAUAGUUAUUUGCCGUUUAAGUUACCUCUCUAAAAGAUGUGUUAGGUCAUUAGCUUCAAAUACAUACCACAAUGAAAACAUUUUGUCCUACCCAUCAUGUCGCAAAAUCGCGCCGAACGCGCGCAACUCGGGUUCCCAGCGUUUAGACUCGCCUUGGAUGAUGGCCUCUAACUUCCUUUUAUUGUCUGAACUUUUGUUGAAAACUGGUUUUCUUGAAAUAAAAAUCUAUGAACUUCUGGUAAAAGCCAUUUUCACAAAGUUUAGCCCAUCGCACGGUCAAAAAGUUCACUUUGAAGUCGAUUUUGGCCUGAAAGUUGAGGUUUUUGAAGUUCUGUGCCUUUUUUGGGAGGACUAUCGCGACGCCUAUCAGCCCUGUACAAGAUGGUUCUUACAUGGAGAAACAGUGAUCGUCUGAAACGCUAGAAAAUCGUCAACUACUAUCACAAGAAAGGCGAGAUGCUCUACGCGCCCUACACUUGAUCAACGACAGUUUCUCGAACCGACAAACAACUUUAAUUAUUUCAUUAUUCAGCAGAGAACUUUCUCUGAAGAGUUUCAUAGUGGAGAUCGAACUUUUUUUAAGCAGAAAAAAAUCAAAAACUUUUUUUAUAAUAAUUUUAUCAAGGAGAUCGGUGAAAAUUCAGUUCGCGAAGCUACUCAGUCAAUUGACGUUUUCUCAGAUCUUCCCAAAUUUCUGGCUAUACUUAUUGUUUUCAAAACAAAAAAGAGCAUUGAUUGAAAGUAACUACAAAAUAUAUUUGUACUUUGAGCACACUCUGAAAGUAAUAGCUUUUCUAGAGAAUGAAUAUUUCUCCUUUCUCAAAAGAAGGUGUUUGCGUAUUUGGCGCCAUUUUCUAAAUUCUCCUCCUCGAACUCUUCGCAGACAUGGCAGACGUUCCGUUCAGCUAAACAAUAGGAAGACCGCGCCAUUCUUUUUUGUUUUGUGAGUUCGGACUUCCUCUGCCGUCCUUCCCCUAGUAUGAGCAAGCGUCUUUCUUGUUUAUCGAUCGGAUCUACCAUUCUGAAGCCGCUUUUUCCGUCUUUUCACCUUGUUUUUUUUCUCGCCAGCUCUUUGCGAUUAAUUUGCUCAAUCAUCUCCGAUUUCUUCAGGAAGCUUCGCCUUGAACAUGGAUCAGGAAACUGUUGAGGAACCGGCCAACCAUCCUAUGUAAGUCAGAUUUUUAACUUCAAUUCUUCUUGAUCAAAAUUUCUUGAGAAAAAAACAUUUAUUAAAUGAAUUCGUUUGUGGGAAAAAAAGAGCACAAAUAUUUUUUUCAUGUCGAACACAAGCCUCUUGAAAUUGAAAAAUUGGACAAAAAUUACAAGUCAUGCCAUUUUCCCACCGUCGGAGGGCUUCGUGGGAAAAAAACUUAUUGACACAAAAAAAUGAAAUAACUUUCGAAUUUCAUGAAUGAGAUGCAUUUCAAGAUGAUUUUCAGAAAAGUUCAAUUAUUUCAAAUAGAAGAUGAUAUUUGUCUCAAGCCAACAACGAUAAUUUAAUUACAGUUUCUUUUCAGAAUACCGCCUCCAGAAAUAGAUUCACACGAUGAUCCAAACACUCUGGUAUUGUGUCUGGGGUAAGAUUUUGAAUGGAAAAUUUUUUUUUAUUUUAAAGAUAGAAGAAUUAAUUGAUGGCUAAAUAGGGAACGAUUUUUAUUUGCCGGUUGAACUUUUGAUGAAACUUCGCUGAAGUGUAUUUGUUUUUUGUUUUGCAAUCAGGAGAGCCUGAAGUACACUUCAGCAAAGUUUCAUCAAACGUUCAAGGGUUUAAAAGUUUUCCUAGUAUGUACUUUUUGCUCGAGAAAUAGAUAAAAUACGACCAUAAAUUUCCGCCAAUCAAGCGACAACUACAAUACUUUUUUUUCCAGCAAGACCCCGGACAUGGACGAAGAGAAACUCCAAAUGCUGAUGGAGUGCAUCGAAAAAGUCAAAAUGUUCGAAUACCACGGCAAGAAACUGCAAAGACUGUUUCCGGUCUUUCCAUUCGACGCGUGGGUCGAGAAACGGAAGCUGAAAAGAGAUGACGAGAUCGAAAAGUUGGAAAGACGACUUCUGGAGAUCGCGGUCAUCAGGAAGGAUGUCGAGAAGGAGUUUCGCCUGUUCCAUAAAGCCGCGCCAGCUGCGAAGGCGGCUUUGAAGAAGCUCGACUCAUUGGGCCCUCAGGAUCAGUUCAAAAUGCGUCAAAUUCGAAACACCAAUCUUCUCUACACGAACUUCAUUGAUCGUGGUACCGAAAGCUUGUGGGCGGUGUGGACGACCCAUAAUAACGACAUGAAUCGUGAGGAAUCGAUAAUAAUUCCUCGAUUGUCGAGUUUGAAAAAUCCCGGUUGUUAGUUAUUGAUCCAUUUUCUCAAAAAAUUCCCGGUUUUUUCAUCCAUUUUUCGAUAAAAGUUUUGAAACUUUGUGUAGAGAUUCCGUUUGAGCUUAAGGAAUGAUCAUCGUCUUUUUUCUGCCUCAAUGUUAGCUCAGGAACUUUCCAUAUAAGUCGUUUUUUUUCCUACUCGCUCCUUUUAAACAUUGCAUUUGCCAUUGCACUUCCAUGAGCUUGUGAGACGCGUGUUCCAACUUUUCUAGAUCUGCCGAUUUUUGUGUUCCUUUUUGUUGUUUCGCUACUGUUUUGAAUAAAUUUUUUUCUUUUGUUUACACUUGAAAAAAAUGAGAAAAAAAUAACAUGAAAAACCUGAAAAAAAAAAAUAGCGACUUUUUAAUAAUUUUGGAGUGUAUUUUUGAUGCCAAAAGGGCUUUAUACGAAAGCAAAUUAAUGAUAUUAAAAUUAAAUUAACAUCGUUUUUUUUCUGAAGGAAAACAGCGGAGACAAUUUUUGAACUCCACCGUUUAUGGAGAUUUCAUCAAGGCAUCAUCUUCUUGCGGAAUUCCAGAUGAAUCAUCAAGCCUUUUUUCGCGUUUUAUAAAAGAAAGAAAUUUAUUUUUUGAAAGGAGGUGGCAAUAAAAAAGCGCGCAUCACCUUCUAGCCUCUCCCAUUGUUUGAAUUGUUUUCGCGCCUAAUUUCCUUUUCAAAUUCUCCGCAGGUCACGGGCGCUUCAUCCAUUCAAACAAGAGGAAGGGUCACUUCUUUUGUUCGAUGUAUACAAAUCUCCUAAACUAUCGCGUCGCUACUUUGAGCAAGCGUGUUUUUUCCCAUUUAUCGAUCGAUUUUCCCCUUUGAGCCUGCUUUCCAAUUUCGUCGCUUUUUUACUCAUUUUUUUUCUUUGAAACGUGCUUGGUCCGAUUUUUUCAAUAUCAACUUUUAUUUUGCAGAAAGCUGGGUUUUGGAAACCGAUAAACAAGCUGGUGAGAAAUGUCGGGUAACAAGUCGAGGUAAGUCAAGUUUUUUUCAUUAUAUAAAAAUUCUUCCCUAUUUAUCAACAUUUUUUUCACAUUUUUUUAAUUUUUUUCCUUCAGAAAGUUUUUGCAUGACUAUCCCAAUUUUUCGGUCAAGUUUGAAAAAAAUAAAAAAAGCUCUCUUCGAAUUUUUCAUUGUGUUGGUUUUUUUAUUUUUUUGACACGAGUUCUCAAAAAUAUUAUAAAUUUGAGUUAUAUGGCGGUUUGACGGUUGUCAUUUGCAUAAAUUUCGAUAAAAAAAUGUUUUUUUAUUUUUCUUUCAGAAAAACGCGCCGCAACGAGGGAACAACACGGUUCUCCAAAAUCCAAAGUCAUCAAUUUGUGGUGAGCUUUGAAGAUUUUUCCUAGAAGCGAAAAAUACUGCAAAUUGUCCAGUUAAAAGUCGAGUCUCCAGUAUAGAGAAGGUCACUUUCUUUUUUGAUUUUUAGGCUGAAAUUUUGUCAAACUGGCGGUUUGUUUCAUGAACCAUCGAAGAAAAAUUAAAAUAUUACCUGCCAAACCAUCAUUUUCGAGGUUAAUUAGACUACCGCGAAAUUUUGACACAUUUUUUCUUGAAAAAAAAUCAUUUUGUAUAAGUGCAAAGUUCGGAAACUUUAUAGAACAGGUCAGAGAAGGUUUUCGCAAAUUUUCAAAAUAAUUUUGAGGGAAAAUCAGUUCUCUUGUGAGAUAUCACAUUGCCAUUAUUUUAACUGUUGGAUAAAGUUCUUUUUUUCAGCGUGGCUCCAGACAUUGACGAUGCGAAACUCCAAAUAUUCAUGGACGCUUUCCAGAAAUUCACGAUCUUCAAAAUGCAAGUCACGAAGUUGCGCAGACUCAUCCCUAUGAUCACUUUCAAACCGUGGACUGAGCCACAGGAGCUGGAAAAAGAAGAAGAAAUCACGAAUUUGGAAUGUAGGAAGUGGCGGAUCGCGAAGCACAGAGAAGAUGUCGAUAGAUUGUUCCAAUCGAUCCGCAGGACUGGACCAGCAGCGAAGAACCUUCUGGAACAACUCGACUCGAUGAGCCUUGAGGAUCAGCAGAAGAUCCGUUAUAUCCGUCUCCAAUACUUUCUCUUUCCUCAUUUCAUCGAUCAAGAUACCUGUAUUUUGUGGGCCUUGUGGACAACCCAUAAUAAUCAACUGACUCUGGAAGAAACGUCAAUCUCUCGUAGAUUGUUGAUUCUGAAAAACCCUGGGUCUUGA